AUGUCCUCAAUAACAAUCGCCAACCUCCCGCGCAUGAGCCGCGACGCUCUCUCCGCCCUCCUCCUCUCAACCUCCACCCCCAGCAAGCUCGCCAUUAUCGACGUGCGGGAUUCAGACCACAUUGGCGGCCACAUCUUCUCCUCAACCUGGGUCCCCAGCUCCUCACUCGAUCACCGCAUGCCCGAGCUCGUGCGAACCCUACAAGACAAGGAAAAGGUCGUUUUCCACUGCGCGCUCAGCCAGCAGCGCGGACCAUCGGCGGCGCUGCGCUACGCCCGUGAGCGGGAGAGAAUGCUGGGCAAGGACGAGAGCCAUAAGCAGGAGGUUUUUGUUCUCGAGGGCGGGUUUGUGCAGUGGCAGGAGAAGUAUGGAAAGGACCUGCGGCUGACCGAGGCGUAUGUGGAGGAUAUUUGGCGGGAGUAUUAG